ACAAACAAAGGCCAAAGCCAAACCAAAAACCUCACCGCCUUUGCCCUAAAAAGGAAAACAACUCUCAUUCUCUCCUGCCGUGUUAAAAAACCUUGAGCUGUGACAGAGAGGGAGAAUGGCGAGCCGUACAAAUGGCGGUAGCAGCAAUGGACCGGUGGAUAAAGGAGCUGAUUUUGCCAAUUACUUCUGCACUUACGCUUUCCUUUACCACCAGAAAGAGAUGCUUAGUGAUCGAGUCCGUAUGGACGCUUAUUACAAUGCUGUUUUUCAGAACAAGCAUCAUUUCCAAGGAAAGGCUGUGUUGGAUGUAGGAACAGGAAGUGGCAUUCUUGCAAUCUGGUCUGCCCAGGCUGGUGCAAGGAAGGUCUAUGCCGUUGAAGCAACUAAGAUGUCGGAGCAUGCCCGGACUCUUGUUCAGGCAAACAAUCUUCAAGACAUUGUUGAAGUAAUUGAGGGCUCUAUGGAGGAAGUUGUCUUACCAGAGAAAGUUGAUGUGAUUAUCUCCGAGUGGAUGGGUUAUUUUCUCCUGCGAGAGUCUAUGUUUGACUCAGUUAUAUGUGCUCGAGAUCGUUGGCUGAAACCAUCUGGGGUCAUGUAUCCUAGCCAUGCACGCAUGUGGGUUGGACCUAUCCGAUCUGGAUUGGUGGACCAAAAGAAAAAUGAUUAUGAAGCAGCAAUGGAUGAUUGGUAUGGGUUUUUGGAAGAUACGAAGGAUUACUAUGGUGUUGAUAUGAGUGUUUUGACAAGGCCUUUCUCAAAUGAGCAGGAGAAAUAUUAUCUGCAAACAUCAUUAUGGAACAACCUCCACCCAAAUCAAGUUAUUGGGACCGCAGCUGUUAUAAAGGAGAUUGAUUGUUUAACUGCUUCAGUAAAUGACAUCCUUGAAGUCAAAUCAAGUUUUUCAUCAGCUAUCAGUAUGGCGUCCACUCGCCUCUGUGGAUUUGCAGGAUGGUUUGAUGUCCAUUUCCGAGGAAGAGGGGAGGAUCCUGCUCAAAAAGAGAUUGAGUUAACAACUGCUCCUAGUUCAAAUAAUGGCACUCAUUGGGGACAACAGAUUUUUUUGUUGCAUCCUCCCGUUCAUGUUGAUGAAGAGAUCAAUCUCGAUGUUUCUUUCUCAAUGAACCGUUCUAAGGAAAACCAUAGAUUAAUGGAGGUUGAGUUUGAUGUUAAGAUAAGCAAACCUUCCGGCAAAAUGCUUCCACCCAUUAAUAAGAAGUUCUACAUAGAGUGAGGCCAGCAAUUACUUGCUGGUUCUUUUUUUUAAUGCUUUCGACACCAAGUGUCUGCAUGCAAGGGGUUGAUUUUGGUUCUAAGAAUUCCUAUCUACAAUAUAAAUAUGACGGGGCAAUUUGGUUUAUCUUUUUGUGGCUCGAGUAAACCCCAUGUUUUAGAGAGAUUGUAAGUCACCUUUGCUUAAAUUUUCUUCUUUCAGGGUUGCAUCUUAAAACUUGCAAUGUAUGACAGCUGAAAUUCCUUUUUAACUAAAAUUUUCAUAUAGGGUAUGGGAACCAUUGUUUUUGCAUCA